AUGUCGAACCCUCGCAGGAGACCGGCGGGUGGAUUGACCCUCAAGACGAACAUGCUCCUACAAAAGGGAGCUACCUUCCACUCUCCCACUACUCCAGCCUCGGGGGAUUCUUCUGAGCGCGUCUUCGUCCCGCCGUCGCUCCCUCGCCGCUCCCACACCAACUUGGACGAUGUUAUCGACUCCCGCUGCCGCCGCGUUGCCUUAGCUCUGGAUGCGAUCGAGAGGCAAUUGGCCUCUUCAAAUGACACCUUUGCCUCGGCUAGUCGUAGUGACAAGUGUAUUCCUCCGCCUCGUGGGCUGCUUGAAAGAAACUUGGAUUCGCCUAUCAUGCCCAAGGAGGUUGAGCCUGAGCGCCGGAUGCUCCGUCCACGGACACGCCGUUCGUCUCGGCACCACGAUUCAGACAGCGGUCUAGGAAGCUCGAUUGCUUCUACUUCCGAGAAGGAUGCCUCUUCCAAGGCCAAGACGACGAGGACUUCGGCUGUCGCCAGAUCCGCUACCGCCCGCGCAGCAUCAACACCUGAUCUUCCGGGCCUUGGGGACCGUGCUACCAACCGCAUCGUUGAAUACAUUUUGAAGCCUCUGCUUGCAAAGCCGAAUUUGAAAGAGUUUCACUCGCUUGUGCUUGAGUGUCCCAAAAAGAUCCAGGACAAGGAGAUCUUGUGCCUAAGAGAUCUUGAGAAGACUUUGAUCCUCGUGGCUCCGGCAACUGUCCAGCACCUUGGCGACCGCGAGCUGACUCGCCCUCGCGAUCUCCCCUACACUAGCGGUUAUUUUGUUGAUCUCGUUGAUCAAUUCUAUAACUAUGCCCGGCAGAUCGCGGAAAGCAACAAGACCAAGGAAGGCGCCAAUGACAUGGAUAUUGAUCCCACUGAUCAAAUCAAGAUACACGGUGGCCCUCACAUCAACGGCAGGCUUUCGGAACUGGUCCGCGUGAAGAAGAACGGACAGGCCAUCUCCUUGGCUACUGGAUUGCCUGUGGACCUUUGUGAUAAGGCGCCAGAAACCCCGGUAAACUUCAAGCGCUCCCAAAGCGAAGAGGCCCUGGAUGAAGAGGAGGUUAUGCGCUCCAUGGCUCGCCGGAAGAAGAACGCCAGCCCUGAGGAGCUGGCGCCGAAGAGAUGCCGCGAGCCUGGUUGCAACAAGGAGUUCAAGCGCCCUUGUGACCUGACCAAGCACGAGAAGACACAUUCUAGACCAUGGAAGUGCCCGGUCAAGACAUGCAAGUACCACGAGUACGGCUGGCCCACCGAGAAGGAAAUGGAUCGUCAUCACAACGACAAGCACUCCUCAGCCCCACCUAUGUACGAGUGCCUCUUCAAGCCUUGCCCCUACAAGUCCAAGCGCGAGUCCAACUGCAAGCAGCAUAUGGAAAAGGCCCAUGGCUGGACGUACGUUAGGACCAAAACCAAUGGCAAGAAGCCCAGUACGCUUCCCAGCUUGGGGCCCGAUUCCGGCCACCCCACUCCCCAGCUGCAGAACAUUGGUACCCCUUCGAGCGACCGCAGUAUGAGCAUCGCCACUCCCUCCGAUGAUUGGAACGCUGGGCUGUACCAGACCAACAUCGAGUUCCCUGCAUAUGUUCCCGAGUUCAACUUCAACACCAUCCCGCAGCAGCUUGAGCUUGACUAUUCACCCAUUGACAACGGCACUCCAUCACCGGAUUCUGGCAUGGACCACAAUUCUGCGUAUCAAGAUCUCAACGAAUUCACGCUCAUUGAUGACAUCUACGGUGCGACUAUGCAACUGCCCAACCAAGUCAUUUCUCCCUUCUACCUUAAAGACAUGGGACAGCAUCUCGGCGCGUACACCGCGCCCGACCUCUGCCAGCCACAUCCCGCCCAUAUUUCCCCCAUUGGGCAAGGAAACACGAUGCUUUUCACGCCCCCUACUUCAUUGGGGGAGGUUGAUGAUGGCUUUGAGGAUCACGAUUUUGCCAUGAGUAACUGCAAUAAUGUCCCUGGAGACUUCAUCUUGUAUCCUCCCACCACCGACGCCUACUCAAAACCCACAUUCACUGAAUCACUUUUCGCGAACGUGGACAUCCCGAGCAUGGCUGCCGGCUAUUCCCAGCCAUCAUCUCAGGACAUCUUGCACGCCUAUCCAAGUGAUUGGACUUCGCAUGAUAUGAAUGCUUACUUCUAA